AUGGGUCUCCCGCUCGAGCAGUGGCGCAGCGGAGAGGCGGACGGGAAGGGGGAGGCGUCCGGGUGCAGGACGCCCGGCAACGGCCAGGCCCGCACCGCCUCCGCGGCUGCGGGUGGGGACCGCCCGUGCCCAGCCGCGCCCAGGAAGAGAAGGGCCGCCGCCGCGGGGGUCGUCGCGCAGCAGCGCAGGGACUACUACACCGGCGACGACGUCGAGGCAUUCUUCGCCGCGCACAACCUCUAG